CAUAUUUUGUCCAUACCUGUCGCUAAAGUCGCACAUGCUUCGAACGAAAGAAAUAGUGAAUAACCUUAAGAAUUGUGAGAGAUGCAUUAAUACUAUGUUUUUAUGUACGAAUAAAAGAAUGUUAGAAAGUGGUAAUUUAAAUACAUGGUUUUAUUUUAUUAUUAAGUGAAAAUUAAUAUACAUCAAAAGGUAUGAUACGGUUAAUGAAAUAAGAAUGUUAUUCUUGAUUAAUGGUAACGUGACUAUUUUUAAUUCUAACCUCGAACAGAAAUUAUUUUUUUCUCUUUAGAGAACUAUUUUUAAAACAACAAUUAUUAUUAUUAUUACUAUUAUUAUAUAAGCAGAUAUUGUCUUAACAAGUGUUAUAUGGUUCUAAAUGCCAUAAAAGCACUGAACAUCGAGAAUAAUGUCUGGAAAUUGCGAUUCAUUAUCAACGCCUAUUAUGUACAAGUCACAAUUUGUUGGUAUUGAUGACGAACCAUGCAAUUCAAAAUGUUUAUUCUGUGAGAACUCAUUUAUUCUUCCUACAAAUGAGAAAGAUUUCUUAACGCAUUUGUUCAAAGAACAUCGCCUUGUCAUAGGCGAUGUUUGGAAAAUAGCAAGUUUGAAAAGUUAUAUACAUUAUUGGGGCAAUAGAUUCAAAGAACAGCCCAUAACUGAUUUUUGUACUACAUUAUUAAUGGAUUGUACAUCUGAUGGGAAACCAAGUAAAAACGAAAGUUACUUUUUACUUUCUGAUUGUAUCUCAGAGGAUAAAACAUUAAGAGAUGAAAUAUAUAGGGUCAAACUGGAAUGGGUUCUAGCAAAACAAUCUGAGGAAAGAAGUGAUACUAGUUUUACACGUGGCUGUAUGUUCUGUAAAAUGAACUUUUCUGUAUCACGUAUUAUUUAUAUAAAACAUCUCUCAGAGAAGCAUAAUUUGUAUCUUGGUAAACCAGAAAAUUUAGUUUUCAUCGAUGAACUUUUAGAUAAAAUACAACAUAGUAUUGAAAGUUUAAUUUGUAUAUACUGUGAAAAAGUUUUCAAGGAUCGUACGGCAUUGAAAGAGCACAUGCGUAAAAAGUUACAUAAACAAAUAAAUCCAUACAAUAAAACAUUUGAUAAGUUUUAUGUAAAUAAUUAUUCAGAUCCUAGCAGAACAAGGAAAUAUCAAAAACAUUACAAAUACACUAAAGAUACUGGAUUAAGCAGUGAAAGUGAAGAUGAAGAAUUGUCAUGGUCUGAUUGGAAUGAUGAAAGUAUUAGUAUAUUUUGUUUAUUCUGUAAUCAUUCUGAUAAAGACUUUCCUACUAUUUUACAACAUAUUAAAGAACAACACAAUUUUGACUUUAAAGAGGCAUCAAAAGAUUUAACCUUUUAUCAGAAAGUAAAACUGGUAAAUUAUAUAAGGGGACGAAUUUGUAUACAAUGUUGCAUUUUAUGUGAGGAAAAGUCAGACAACAUAUUGGAACACAUGAAUGAAAAAGAUCAUUACAAAAUACCUAAACAAUAUAUAUGGGAUCAACCAGAGUUUUAUUUCCCUAUGAAUGAAAAUGAUUCAUUUUUAUAUAAUUUGGAUACAGAUAAUGACAGCUCAGAAGAAAAUGAUAUUGAAAUAAAUAACAGUGACAAAGGGAGACUAAUAGGAAAGGAUUGUUUAGAUUAUUCAGAUGAUAAUUAUCUUAUUAAAAUAAGAGUGGAAGGUCUUAUCACCACAAUUGCUUUUCAUAAAGCAAGAUUAUAUGCACAAAAGGUUUAUCAAUAUUUGCCACAGAAAUAUGCUGUACCACAAAUUAGAGAAAUGUUUCAAGUAGAUUGGUACGAAUAUCUUCAAAAAAUGAAAGUGCGUGUUGGUGGUAAGAUGUGGGUCUUAAAAAGACACGUUGCAGUCUUUAUAAAUGAUGCAUUUAUAGGCAGUGAUAUUGAAUUUUCAAAUUAUCUCAACGAAUUGUAUGUUUUUCAUAUGCCAAAAAAUAUUGGAUAUUAUGAAACACAUAUUGAAGAAUACUAUAAAAAGUUUAUUAAAAAAACAAAGAGAGUUUACGUAUAUUUCACAUUCACUUUGGAUGGAUUCGUAAUAGGUUCCCUUUUAUUCAUGUUAUAUUCUGACUUGCUCCCAAAAACUUGUAAACAUUUUUUAAAUUUUUGUACUGGAAAAUAUGAAAGCAUAAAAGGUUUCAAAGUAUCGCAUUAUAUAAACACUUACGUUCAUCGUAUAGUUAAAAAUGGAUGGAUUCAAUUUGGUGGCAAUACUAAUUUUAACACGGCUAUAAUGCCUACGAUUGCCGAUGAAUCAUAUUGCAUACCUCACAAUCGACGAGGAAUCUUAUCAAUGGCAAAUAAUGGAAAGCACUCUAAUGAAUCUCAAAUCAUUGUGUCUUUAAAACCUAAUACAUGGAUGAAUCAUUAUUAUGUUGCGUUUGGACAACUAGUAGACGGUAUCCAGACAUUACAAAAAAUAGAAGAUAUUCCAACGUAUUAUGAAUCUCCUCUAAAAAAAGUUAUUGUAUCUCAAUGCGGUGAAUAUACUUUAGAUCAUAAACCCAAAAUGGAAGCAGAAACAGAUAUAUUUCUUGAACGCCAACCAUGGAUAGAUGUUGGUGAAAAUAAUAUGGUCCAUCAAUAUCCAUACAAUACUUAUUCAGAUAUUUCUGUAUGGCUUAAUAAUAUAACUGAUGAAAUAGACAUUCGCGAUACACCAUCUCUUCUAGUAGCUGAACGAUAUUUAAGCAGUCUAUACUGUCUUUCCAUGGAUUAUUUAUCAGGUUUACCUUUUAAACAAAUAAUUUAAUUUUUGUAAUAGAAACUUUCUCUAAUAUAUAUUUUAACGACGUUCAUAUUCUUGUCUUCGAAACUAUCUGAAUUAUUAACGGACUUUCGGCCAGAAACGAUGAGUAAAAUAGAAAAAGAAAUUUUCAUAAAAAAACUUUGUAAAAUCAUUAUUUCACAUGCUUUAAAUUUUGUCCAUAACAAGUGUUGUGUAUUAAAGAAUACAUAUGAAACUCUACAUAGAAUAUUAGAAUAUGCUUAUGACAUUGCAAGAGCAACUAUUGCCAAAUUAAUAAAUCAAGACAUCAAUAUUAUGGACACCAGAGCAGAAAUCAAUAAACUAUUUAAGAUACAGCACCAAGAUGAUAAAAAAAUUACAGAUUCGUCCUUAUUUCUUAUUGAAAAAAUAUUGAACAAAUCUAUACUUCAUUCUUUACAGUCUCCAAACAUUGUAGAUUGUGAUUAUAUUUAACAAACAAUUCAAC